CCCCAAAGUCUCUUGUCUUUGCUACUUUACAGUUUUGACAAAGUGAAGCAUGGCAACUGUGAUUUUCAUUGACCAAGAGAAUGGAGGUGUUGCUUCUACUAUCCUGUCCAAGGAUCGCCUAAAAUCUACAAUCCCUGGAAAAACCCUUUUGAAAAGUCAUCCAGGGAAAGUGUUUGGCAGCUCUGGAUCUGUGGUAAAGCCAAGAAAAGCUCUGGGAAAUGUCAACAAGCAGGUUGUCAACACAGCAGUACCGCAGAAGAAAGGAGCACUUGGAGUGAAGAAUUCUGCACCAGUUACUAAGCAGGCUUCUGAAGCAUGCAUCAAGCCUGGCAAACGUAACUACCCUGAGAUUGAAAAGUGUGUUCCUUAUGAUCCUGCAGAUUUUGAAACCUCUGAUGUCCCAGAAGAGCACAAACUGAGCCAUUUCUACCUUGGUGGAGCCCCCCUGUUUGUGCAUGAAAAGGAAGCGGCAAACUUUAAUGCCUUGACCCAGGAGCCAGCGCCAAUGGAUGUUCCAGUCUUUAGCUGGGAGUCAGAUAUUUCAGGCACACUACCAUCUUUCCUGGCAACCUUUGAUAUCGCACUGGAUUUACCUCAGGUGAUUUCUGAAGCCUGUAUCAAGCCAAGCUACCCUGAGAUUGAGAAGUGUCUGCCUUACCAUCCUGAAGAGUUUGAAACAUUUGAUGUUCCUGAAGAGUGCAGACUGAGCCAUCUCUACCUUGCUGGAGUUCCCCUUGUGUAUGAAAAUGGGUUUGCAUUAUCGACCAAGGAGCCAAUUCCAAUGGACAUUCCAGUCUUUAGCUGGGAAUCAGAUAUGUCAAGCACAUGCCCAUCCUUCCUGGCAACUCUAGAUGAGGUCACACUUGAUAUGCCCAAGAUGGAAAACUGUUAGCAUUGUUUUAACCUUUUUUGUGACUUUAACUUGUAUGUAUUUUAAAUAAACAUUUUAUUUUAUUAAACAAUUGUUUAACAUUUUACAAAUAAGGUUUCAAAAAGUCAUCACAAACUAAGUACUUUUAUCAAAUGCAAGUAUACAUUUUGGCUUAAAUAUAACCCAAAUCGGUGUAUAUUUAUCCUGUGUGACAGUUGGGAGUCUACAAGCUAUGGUGUGUAAUUUAAAAACUGCAGACAUCCUAACUCUUCUACUCCUGAGCAUGGGGGAUACUCUAA